ACACAUGGGCAUUGGACCCGGACACUGCGGUAAAUAGGGGAACCAGGUGAGCCGCUGCCCAUCUGCUGUCACGUGACCGAGACGGCCUCCCGCUGAUUGGUCGCGGGAAAAAAAAAGACGUGAACGAACAAACACGCUGAGGUUCGAGGAUCCGAGCUGGAGCUGGACCCGACUCACAUCGCGCACCAUGAGAGAACCGCCGGCCGUGCUUUCAGAGUCAUGAAGGACGAUGGACGGAUCCUCUCUCUCCGGAGCGUGACCGUGAAGGCAUCACCGCUCACAGACUGAUACAUGAAUGGAAGCAGCGCGCAGCAACAUGUCGCACAGAUGAGCGGUUCCUACUUCUAGUGAUUCUCGACAUCAACCAUGGCCCGACUGCUGCUUCUGAUCAACUCCGUGCUCCUGUUGCUUUUCGGCAGCGACGUCUUCUUAGUGGGAGCAAACCGACCGCCCGCUCCCGUCAACGUGUCCGUGAAACAUCCACGGGCCGACUCCGCCACUGUGUCCUGGGACGUCCCCGAGGGUGACAUCAUUAUCGGCUUCUCCAUCUUACAACAAAGACAAGAUGGACACAUGCAGCGCUUCAUCCGGGAAGUGAACACCACCAGUCGCUCUUGUGUUCUGUGGGACCUGGAGGAGGAGACGGACUACGUCAUCCAGGUCCAGUCGAUCGGUCUUUAUGGAGAAAGCCAAGCCAGCAAGAAAGUCCACUUCCGAACCCUGAAGAAGUCCGACCGGUUGCCCUCCAACAGCUCCAACCAGGAUGACCCGGCUGUGCAGGGCCUGGACAAAGCUCGACAUCUACAGACCGGAGAAAUGAUCAUUAUCGUGGUGGUCUUGGUCAUGUGGGCAGCCGUCAUUGCCCUGUUCUGCCGGCAGUAUGACAUCAUCAAGGACAAUGACUCGAGCAACAACAAGGAGAAGGUGAAGCCGUCGUCGGAGAGGAGCACGCCCGAGCACCACGGUGGAGGUCUGCUCAGGAGCAAGUACCACCCUUCGGUGCCGUCCAUCAACAUCAUAGACGUUUAAGAGGAAGAAAGAUGCUCUCUCUUCAGCCAUCAGUGACUUCAUCACGGACGCACCAACUUCGGAGUAUUGAUUCUGACGACCAAAAGACACCUCAUACAGGGUCAUACAGGGUCUUUUUUUUUUUUUUAAGGUCGUCAUUUCUGUUUCAAAAAUAGCACAGUUAUGUGCUAGAAUAACCUCCAUUAGGUGCAGCCCAAUUCAGGGAGUCAGGUUCAAGCCUGAGAGCCAAGUCCCAUGUAGAAAUUUUCAUUUCUAAACUUCAUUUGGAAAAACAAACAGAGGUUGACACAAAACUCGCCACCAUUUCAGAAUGAAGUAGAGUGACCAGAGUGUGGGAAUUGAUUCCCUGUCCAUGGUGCUGAACGCCAUGUUGUGGCUUGUGUCUCUCUGAACUCACUGUUCUGCUAACCAGGAAACACACUGUCUCUCAUUUAAAUAUGCCCAGUCCGCAGUGGUGUUUAAACCAUGCUAGAUGUUACCUAGCUUUAACUGUACAACACAUUAUGGUAUUGACGGGAGCUCAGCCUGCCCAAGUGGUCGGCCAUAUUUGUAGUUCUUCUUUCUUGGAAAUCCGAAACAUGUUGGUGUCCAUUUUAAAACAGUACAUUGAAAGACUCUUCAUGAUGCUAAAAACUAUAUAAUACUAUAUAAAAAAAUACUUUAAUUUGACAUUGUGUAGUUUCCUCGUCACUGUGAAUAAGUUGAAAUAUGUAACUCAAUUAUUACAUGGUACAGGAGGAGAUCUAACAUUACACACCACGCAUUUCCAUGAAAGGACGUCUUUCUUUCUCAUGAUGAAAAUUAUUUUUGUCAUACUACAGAUUUUUCUUUUGGAUGGUAAUGUUAUUUUUUUCUUGGGAAAAAAUUUGCCUUUCAUCGCCUUCAAUUUUUUUUUUUCAAUUUUUUACCUGUUAAAUAUGUUUUUAAGCUUCAGAAUGUCAACUGCAUCAUAUAGGUUUUAUUGUGUACAGUGUAAACUUUCCCUGAAAUAUCAAUGUCAGUCCUUGCAAAGCCAUCUUUAACUCGUGUAUUUUUCCAAAGAUACAGUACUUUUGAGUACUACCUUGACCCCUGCUAGAGUCGAAGCUCCUAGGACAACUGAAACGCUCUACUCCGCUAGCAUAUGCUAAGACUAUUCAAACUGCUGAUAAGCUUCUCAUCUUCACUCAUCAUUGAUCUUCUCGAAGGAAGCUAGACAUGAACAACGGAGAAGCUCAUGAACAUCAGAUGGACAUUCAUGAAUGCAAGUGUCCUCGUGAGCCACAAGAAUGAGUCGACAUGUGGAAUAUUGAGCUGAACAGCUAGCCUGGUUGAUGUUGACUCUGCAGGUGCUUGGUAAAUGGCAAUAGACGUCAUGUUCAACAUGCUUUUGACCUCUUGCCUCCAGCUGACUGGCUUCACUCCAACAGCCUUACAUCACAUCGCCAAAAUGCAUAUUAAUGGUAUCAUUUCCGACAUAGUUCCUUAUACUGGCAAACUAACAAAUGAAAUAUUUUAACUGCAUGUGUGGACUUGUUAGUCGUGCUCUUUAAGUUCAUUAAAAAUAUUGUUUUUCUGCCUCUAUUUUACCUGUUUCAGUAUCGAUUUUAACAUUUGCUUAACCGGACAAAAAUAAACCUGUCUUUUGAAUGUUCCAAAUAAA